AUAGGCAUUCUCCUGUGUUGAAGUAUACACCAGACCAUUAUUUGGCUGCUAGGUUUUUGUUUGAGAAGGGAAGGAAAUUUAGAGAAAGAAAGAGAGAUGAAGAUCGAAGAAGUUCAGUCAACAACAAAGAAACAAAGAGUAGCUACUCAUACUCAUAUCAAAGGACUUGGUCUCGAGCCCAAUGGGAAUGCACUUCCUAUGGCUGCUGGAUUUGUAGGUCAGAUUGGUGCAAGAGAAGCAGCAGGUCUCGUUGUUGAUAUGAUUAGGCAAAAGAAAAUGGCGGGGCGUGCUCUGUUACUUGCUGGACCUCCUGGUACUGGAAAGACAGCAUUGGCUCUUGGGAUAUCUCAGGAGCUUGGAAGCAAGGUUCCAUUCUGCCCAAUGGUUGGAUCAGAAGUAUAUUCAUCAGAAGUAAAGAAAACUGAGGUUCUGAUGGAAAAUUUCAGGAGGGCUAUUGGUUUACGUAUGAAGGAAAAUAAGGAGGUGUAUGAAGGGGAGGUCACUGAGCUCUCACCAGAAGAAGCUGAGAGCAUCACUGGUGGGUAUGGGAAGAGUAUUAGCCAUGUCAUUAUCGGGCUGAAAACUGUCAAAGGAACUAAGCAAUUAAAGCUGGACCCAACCAUUUAUGAUGCUUUACUAAAGGAAAAGGUUGCUGUCGGAGAUGUCAUAUAUAUAGAGGCCAAUAGUGGAGCAGUUAAAAGGGUGGGUAGAAGCGAUGCUUUUGCUACAGAAUUUGAUCUCGAGGCAGAGGAGUACGUUCCACUUCCUAAAGGAGAGGUCCAUAAAAAGAAGGAGAUAGUCCAGGAUGUAACGCUCCACGAUCUUGAUGCCGCAAAUGCUCGACCACAAGGAGGACAGGAUAUAUUGUCUCUAAUGGGACAGAUGAUGAAACCAAGGAAAACUGAGAUCACUGAUAAGCUACGACAGGAAAUAAACAAGGUUGUUAAUCGCUACAUUGAUGAAGGAGUGGCAGAACUUGUGCCUGGAGUUCUAUUUAUUGACGAGGUGCACAUGCUGGAUAUGGAAUGCUUCUCCUACAUGAACCGCGCAUUGGAAAGUUCAUUGUCCCCAAUAGUAAUUUUUGCGACAAAUAGGGGAAUAUGUAAUGUUAGAGGAACUGAUAUUAGUAGUCCACAUGGCAUACCUGUUGAUCUUUUAGACCGGCUUGUUAUUGUUCGAACCGAAACAUAUGGACCUGCAGACAUGAUACAGAUUUUAGCUAUUCGGGCACAGGUGGAGGAACUGGUUGUAGAUGAAGAGAGUUUAGCUUAUCUUGGGGAGAUUGGGCAGCAGGCAUCCUUAAGGCAUGCUGUUCAGCUAUUAUCGCCUGCCAGCAUCGUGGCCAAAAUGAAUGGUCGUGAUGGAAUAUGCAAGGCUGAUCUUGAGGAAGUGUGUUCCCUAUACCUGGAUGCAAAAUCUUCAGCUAAGCUUCUACAGGAGCAGCAGGAAAGAUAUAUUACAUAGACUAUCUUCUACUGACUUUAUUUUUUCUGCGGAGGAGCUGAAAGAGACGGCAAGUUUUGGGAUGGAUAAUGUGGAGAAACGAAAACCAAGAAAGUUAGCUGGUUACUAGCAAGACAGCCCCAGUUAGUUAUAGCCCAAGGACUGUGGGAGUUCUAGUAGUCUUUGUUCAUGUUAUUUUCUUCUGCGGUUUCUUUUAGUUGAUGUGAUUAGUAUUGGAAUUGUUUCCAGCAGUGACUGGUAAGGAUUUUUUGGUACAAAUAUGUAUGUGUAACUAAAAGGAUUUUGAAAGUGUUAAAACUUCAAGAAAUCGAAGAACAAUAUAGUUUGGAUUAGUCCCCUGAGCAGGAAUAGUCUUAUCAAAACUUCUCGGGUUCUAGUUA